CGUGUUUUGAGUAAAAGUGGUGUGGUUACAUUAUCGGUGUAUUAUAGCAGGAGUUUAUUCAAUGGUAGUGUUAAUAUUGGACUUAACAUCGUCGUUCUGUUUCGCGGUAUUUUGUCCAAAAUGGAGACAGACGUGUCCAGAUAGUCAAAGGAAAAGUUAACAGUCGUUUUUCCUUCAUUUCUGGAAAUUUCUGGAAAGUAGUGUGAUUGCUUCCCUGAGCUGAACUGUCAUGGAGUGUUUGGACGAGAAGCUCAAAGGUCUGUCCAUCGCUCGGCGGUCUCGUCCUGAGGAACCCACCUACCUGCUGCACGUCGCCCUGCAGCCAACCAGCCUGCUGGCAGUGUCCUGCUCCAACUUCACCAUCCACCUGCACAACAAGGACACUCUGAACCUGGUGGGAGAGUAUCAGGGCCACAGCGGGCCUCUUUGUGGGGUUACAUUUGCCCACAGCUCCCCUGACCUCCUCUACUCUGGUUCUGCUGAUGGGACGGUCCGGGGUUGGGAUGUCCGCCGGCCCGGGACAGAGUCGGUCCAGAUGUUUAAAAGUGACCCGUCUCACAGCUACUGCAGCUUUGACCUGAGCUGCAGCGACACGCUCCUGUGUGCAGGCACUGAGCAGGUAAACGACGAGGACAGCUUUCUGGUUUUCUGGGACAUAAGAAAACCAGGUGGUGGACUUCUAGGGGUGUACUCUGAGUCACACAGUGAUGACAUCACCCAGGUUUGCUUCCACCCGCGAGACAAAGACCGCCUGGCGUCUGGCUCCACAGAUGGCCUUGUUAAUGUGUUCGACCUGAGCCGGGGAGCGGAGGAGGAGGCGCUGCUUGCCACCUGUAACAGCGACUCCUCCGCUGGCUCAGUCUGCUGGUCCGGAGCAGACUACACCCAGCUUCUGUGCCUCAGCCACGACGAGGGGCUACACCUGUGGGACCUGGGCCAGCUGGACACAGACGAGCCUCUCACCAUCUUCAGCACCUCCGACGCUCGCAGCCUGACUCCGCUGGCUGACGGAGGAGGCGUGGAUUACCUGGUGGGAGGGAGGUGGCUGGAGGAGGCCCAGAAGCUGCUGGUGGUCGGAGGGAAGAACAGCGGGGAUCUCCACCUGAUGGAGUGUGAUGACAAGGGGCUCCGUCUGCUCAGGAACUUGGAGGGCGGCCACUCCUCCACAGUGCGCUGCUUCCUGUGGGACGCAACAGGGGAGGCGCUGGUCACAGGGGGAGAAGACGCUCAGCUGUUGCUGUGGAAACCAGGAGGGGAGGAGCUCACAACGGGUAAAAGGGAGUCCAUGAAGAGCCAAUCAGCUUUGAGACUCAAAUCCAGACCACAUAAAAAACACGGCUACCAGAGGCAGAGGAAGGCAACGUAACAAAGACCUGAGUGGACUGAAGGAACAUUUAAACUCCAAACAGUUCCACACAGACAUAAUUCACUAAACACAAUCCUGAGUCUGAAAAUCAUGUUACAGUUCGAAGCAGGUCUUAGCUGUGACCUCUGUCCUGCAUCACAGAUAUCUACAGUGAUAGAUACUUUUUUAUUGUUACAAACAGCUGUCCUGUCAUGUCAGGGAGAGAAAUUUGUCUCAUUAACAGGCUUAAUCCCAUGCAUGUUUAAACUCAGGACAGUUUUUGAUAGUAAAUAAAUGUUUACUAUAUGAAUUCUCUAUAGCCUGUAAACCACUCUUGUUUUAGUGGCGUGUGCUGACUCUGAUGUAUGGUGCAGGUACGCUCCUGCCCUCCUAUGUGGUUAUAGUACUUAUAUCAUGAUUGACUGACUGCUACCACUCUCCAACAUCAAACUGGUGGCGUCCCACUAUAACUACUGGUAUUGCGUUGCUGUUUGACUGGCACAUGCCAGUUAAAAUGGUAAUGUCACUGGUGUUUAGUGCUGAAAUGAUUAGUACAUUAAUUUGGCAUUUGACAGAAAUUUAAUCACCAAAUAUUUUGAUACUUGAUUAAUCCUCCACCUUUUUCAUUUCACAAAAAUGCCCAAAAAUUCUAAAGUUUCAGCUUCUCCAAAGUGAGAAUUUUCUGCUCAUCUGUUUUUUUAUCAGAGUAAACUGAAUAUUAAUUUGGUUCUGGACUGUUGUUCAGAUGACACAAGAAAACAUUUGGUCUCUUUGGUCUCUGGAGAAAUGGGACGGACAAUAUUUUGCUAUUUAUUAGACUACAUGAUAAAUUAAUCAAUUGAGAAAGUAAUUUACAGAUUAUGGAAUAAUUUGCAGCCCUCACCAUCACACUGGUAUUCUGCUGUUGUGGUAACUGUCAGCCUAAUAUAUGGUCCACUGACAUGUUCCACUUCUUACAUUAACAUGUAAUUAAAAUGACAUUUUGACAUUUUGACAUUUUGCCCUGUGGCGUGGAGUUUGUAUCAAGAAUGUAUUACACGCUGUUUAUUUGUAGUAUGAAACUGGUAGCUGCUAUUUCUGAGGUUUUCAUUCUUAAAUUAAAAUUUGUAC